CAUUUUAUUUACAAUGUAAAUAUGGACAUGGGUGCAUGUGUUGUUUGUGUGUAUUUGUCAGCCCCUGAUAACUCUCAAUCUCUAUUUCUUUCUGGUAUUUUUUAUCUUCUAUGGUUAAAAAAGGCGACUUUUUGUGAUUUUUUUUUUGCCUUCUUUGGUUGUAUGCUCUAAGCAUUGCAUAACUAUAGUACAAGCGCAAAGAUUUCUAAAUUUUGUUUAGUUUUACCAUCUGAGUUUUUGAUUAGAAUUAUGUUCUUCACAAAUCUGUACUGGAUUUUGCAUAUAAAGCAAAAGCUCUUUAUAUGAUUUCAAUCGUUUUUCCAUAUGAGUUCUUGGAUUCUUUCAAAUAAAAUUUUUUACUGUCUAAUUUUUAGUUGGGUUUUAUGUUUCAAGGUAUUUAAUUUGCUUCCAAACUAAAAAGGUAUUAAUUUACUUUUAUUUUAUUUAUUGGAAAAAAACUCCUCUUUUUGUUCUAACAGCUUCUAAUCUGAAUCAUUGGCCCUGCCGACUGCGUCUCUUUGUUUGAGUUGGGAAUGUUGGGACGGCUUUUGACAUCAAUUAUCAUCUGAACAGAAAGCUCAAUCCCAAUUCUCAAUUUCUAUUACUUUGUCCAAGUCUAGCACUUUCAGUUUCUUCUUCAUCUCAAUCUGCGGGGUUUCUCCAUAAUGCAAAUUGAAAGGCCUCAACUCGACAAUGGCAAAUCUUGUCCCCGGUGUGCUCCUCAAGCUUCUGCAACAUAUAAACACAGAUGUCAAAGUUGCGGGAGAGCACAGGUCCUCUCUCUUGCAAGUUGUGAGCAUCGUGCCGGCACUAGCAGGUGGUGAGCUAUUCUCAAACCAAGGCUUCUAUCUUAAGGUAUCGGACUCAUCUCAUGCCACCUAUGCAUCUCUCCCUAAUGAACAUGAUGAUCUAAUUCUAAGUGAUAAGAUCCAGUUGGGUCAAUUCAUUCAUGUUGAGAGGCUUGAAUCUGCCUCACCAAUCCCGAUUCUUCGGGGAGUUAGGCCGGUCCCUGGAAGGCACCCUUGCGUAGGGAGCCCUGAAGAAAUUGUGGCCACUCAUUCACUUGGGUUCCUCAAUAACAAUGAGAAUGCAUGUUCAGGUUUAAAAACCAUAGACAACGUGAAAUCACUUAAAAGAAUUGUAGUGAGUAAUAACCAUUUGGGAGAAAGGGAAAAGGAGAAGCCAAGAUUGAGUGCAAGUAGUGCCAAGGAGGAUUACUUGAGGAAGAAAAAUCCGACUUUGAGUAGAUCAAAGUCUCAGUUGUCAAAACAUGCAUUAAAUUUAGAUGUGAAGAAGGAAUCCCUUGCAAAAUUGAAGACAACAACUUCAAGGUCAAUUCCUUCAUCUCCCACGAGUUGUUACUCAUUACCAACUUCGUUUGAGAAAUUUGCAAGCGGUGUCAAGCAGCAGGCGAAGAUUAAGGGGUCGAAUAAGCCAACAACUAAGAUGGGAUUGGUGGAGAAGGCAAAUUCUUCUCGUGGGGCAAGUCCUGUGAGGAGCAAGGUACCCAUGUUCAAGAAUGUAGUUCAGGGGAUUGAGUUCGGUGUCAAGGCUCUUAGAAAGAGUUGGGAAGGGAAUCUCGAGAUAAGGCAGAGGGAGACUCCAAGACUGAGGACUGCCAAGCAAGAUCCAAAGCCUGAAGCUCGUAGUACUUCUGUUCCAAGAAAAAGUACAUCAAAUGAGAGGGUGCCUCCUAGAGAUGAGAAUAAGGCCCAGCUAUUGACAAAGUCAUCUAAAGAGGAUAAUAAAUUCCAGACAUCUAUGAAGAAAGUUACUGCAAAUGGAACUUUGGAUGACAAUGAAAAGUCAAACAAACAAAGAAGUGCUUCUGGAAAGAAAUCAUCAGGAGAGUUCAGUAGUAAUGGUCUUCCUGGAAACAUGGUCAAGGUUUCGGUAAAUAUUAGAAGAUUGACUGAUGGAAGUGUUUCUUGGGGUUCAAUUCCCUCUUCUCUUGCAAAGAUUGGAAAGGAAGUUAUGAAGUAUAGAGAUGCUGCUCAAAUGGCUGCAAUAGAGGCUAUGCAAGAGGCUUCUGUGGCAGAGAGCUUACUUCGAUGUCUGAGCAUAUAUUCUGAGCUAAGUACCUCAGCAAAGGAAGACAACCCACAACCAGCGGUAGAGCAGUUCCUGACCCUUCACUCAACCUUGAACAAUACUCGGUUGAUUGCUGAAUCCUUGUCUAAAUUCAUGCCAGUGGAAUCAUCUCCAGAUCGUGAAGAAAACCCAUCGGAAGAAGCGCUUAAGAUCAGAUCAGACAGACGAAAGCGAGCAGCCUCAUGGAUACAAGCAGCAUUGAUCACAGAUCUGUCUCCCUUUUCUGUGUUUACCAAACAACCUGCUUCAACUCUGAGUCCAGCUUCAGCUCCCUCUCCAAUCCAAAAAUCUUUGCUUGGCAGUCAACCCGUUUUAGUCCUCGAAAAUUCUGCUAAGAAUGCGUCCAAGACUCAAGUAAAAAACCGUCCAACAGUUGUAUCUAAGCUUGUAGCUACAGGAGCACUGCGGAAACCAGGAGACUCUUCAGCUGCGAUUCAAAAGCCACAGGCCCAACCUCUGCCAGAUUGGAUCAGAGGAAGCGGCCUUGACGAGGCUGUGGACUUGGCUGAAACAUUGCAAAUGGAAUCCCAGGAUUGGUUUUUGAGAUUCGUGGAGAGGUUCUUGGAUGCUGAUGUGGGCACCUCAGCUUUGUCCAAUAAUGGUCAAAUAGCCGGGAUGUUGACUCAGCUCAAGAGUGUAAAUGACUGGUUAGAUAAGAUUGGGACAAGCACGGACGAAGGAGAAAGCCCUCAUGUUUCUUCUGAAACUGUUGACAGGCUUAGGAAGAAGAUAUACGAGUAUCUUCUCACACAUGUUGAGUCAGCCGCUGCUGCACUUGGUGGUGUAUCGCAAUCAUCGCCAAGCAUUCGAACAGUAGAAACAAAAGUGAAAAGGUGACUUCAUUUUCUGGUUUGCAAAGGAGUGUCUGCUCUGAAUAUAUCUGCCAGCAGACACAUCUUAGACAACCAUGGUCCGUGACAACUAAGGCUGUCACAGUAUGACAACCCUUUAAUUUAUGUAAAUAGAUUCUAGAUGGGUUUGAAGUAUAGAUCUAAAGUAAUCAAUUAAUCAUUAUUGAUUAUCAGAGGAAAGCAUUGAAUGUGAACUACAAGAUCUUGUUGCAUCUUUUGCCUGGCUUUUGUUUAUCUGAAUUAUACAAAUUGAAACAGUUCAUUGAGUAAGAAUCUUUCAUUCUCUGCCACAGAGGAAUCUGUAUGUCUCAAA